GUGGGGUCCCAAGAGCUGCUGGAGCAUCCUUGAGCAGGACAGGGUAGCAAAGGCAGCGGGACGAGCUGGAGGGACACACUCGGGUGGGAAUGGCCGGUGCCGUGCCACAGGUGUGGUGGCAGCCAGGGAAUCUGCACUGAGAGGUGCCACAGCAGAGGAGAAAUCCCAGGAGAGCCCCCGAGGCUGGAACACAGAGGAUCCGAGCUGAGAUCCCACCUGGCAACCCAGAGUAUCCGUAGCCCCUUGCCCUGCCACUCCUGGCUGCCCCACAGCUCCUGCUCCCGCCGCCGAUGAAGGUGUAAAGGCCAAGCUGACCGGGAGGAGGGACCCUCAAGCAGCUGCUAAGAUGGGCAUGAGGAUCAAGCUGCACAGCACCAACCACCCCAACAACCUGCUGAAGGAACUCAACAAGUGCCGGCUCUCCGAGACCAUGUGCGACGUCACCAUCCUGGUGGGCUCCCGCUCCUUCGCCGCGCACAAGGCCGUGCUGGCCUGCGCCGCCGGCUACUUCCAGAACCUCUUCCUGAACACGGGGCUGGACGCUGCCAGGACCUACGUGGUGGACUUCAUCACGCCGGCCAACUUCGAGAAGAUCCUGAGCUUCGUGUACACCUCGGAGCUCUUCACGGACCUCAUCAACGUGGGCGUCAUCUACGAGGUGGCGGAGCGGCUGGGCAUGGAGGACCUGCUGCAGGCCUGCCACUCCACCUUCCCCGACCUGGAGAGCUCGGCCAUCCCCAAGCAGCCCUCCCUGUCGGUGGGGGAAGGCCGGGCAGGGCCGCUGAGCAGCACCUCCUCGGAGCAGAGCCACUCCUUGGGAGACGUCCGGAGCGGCGCCGAGCACUUCGGCCCCGAGCGGAAUUACCUCCUGCACGUGGCCUACAAGGAGGAUGACAGGAAUCCCGUGGGUGAAGCCAGCCAGGCUCUUCCCCUGAUGCAUCCACAGCAACCUCCCAAGAUGGAGCAGGGGCCGGAUCCGGGGCAGUUCGCUCCGGCCGCGGGUCUGGGGGCCCAGCCCGGCGGGAACGUCGUGGCACAGACCACCGGCAGCUCCUGCCCCCAGUACAAGGCCCAGAGCAACGGCGACUACGGAAAGGGCGGCUUCUUCCCCGCUGAUCCGUCCCUGGAUGUCUCCAUGGGCAGCAACUCCUGCCCCAGCAACAGUGACCACUCCAAAGAGCAGGGAUUCGAGCAGAUGGAUGAGCUCCAGCUGGAGGAUCUGGGAGAGGCCGAACUGCAUUUUGAGGACGCUGGAGAAGAGCUGGGCCCGUCCGAGGAGGUGAUUGAGCUGAGCGACGACAGCGAGGAGGAACUGGCCUUCGAGAGCGACGGCCGGGACAGCAAGGCCAUGCCCUGCCAGGUGUGCAAGAAGGUGCUAGAGCCCAACAUCCAGCUGAUCCGCCAGCACGCCAGGGACCACGUGGACCUGCUCACCGGGAACUGCAAGGUCUGCGAGACCCACUUCCAGGACCGCAACUCCAGGGUCACUCACGUCCUGUCCCACAUCGGCAUCUUCCUCUUCUCCUGCGACAUGUGCGAGACCAAGUUCUUCACCCAGUGGCAGCUGACGCUGCACCGGCGGGACGGGGUCUUCGACAACAACGUCGUCGUCCACCCCAGCGACCCCCUGCCCGGGAAGGUGGCCGUGUUUGGGGGAGGGGGCAGCCCCGAGCUGGCCUGCGCUGCCUGCGGAAAGCCCCUGGCCAAAGAUUUCCACACCGUCCGGAACCACCUCCUGGAGCACGUGAACCUGAAGAGCCAGAUGUGCGGCGUGUGCGACCAGAGGCACCUGAGCCUCUGCAGCCUGAUGUGGCACACCCUGUCCCACCUGGGCAUCUCCGUCUUCUCCUGCUCCGUGUGCGCCAACAGCUUCGUGGACCGGCAGCUCCUGGAGAAGCACCUGGCCGUGCACCAGCACGUGGAGGAGGCUCUUUUCCAGUGCCACUUCUGCAGCCAGAGCUUCAAGCUGGAGGCGGCCUACCGGUACCACGUCAGCCAGCACAAGUGCGGCGGGAGCCUGGACAUGCGGGCGGGGUUCGGGGAGCGGCUGCAGCCGCAGGGGCUGCCCAAGAGGAAGCUGCCCGAGGAGUUCCUGAGCGAGGAGCUGGCGCUGCAGAGCCAGCCGGGCAACAGCAAGUACAGCUGCAAGGUGUGCGGGAAGAGGUUCGCCCACACCAGCGAGUUCAACUACCACCGGCGCAUCCACACCGGCGAGAAGCCCUACCAGUGCAAGGUGUGCCACAAGUUCUUCCGCGGGCGCUCCACCAUCAAGUGCCACCUGCGGACGCACUCGGGGGCCCUCAUGUACCGCUGCACCGUGUGCGGGCACUACAGCUCCACGCUCAACCUCAUGAGCAAGCACAUAGGGGUGCACAAGGGCAGCCUGCCCCCGGACUUCACCAUCGAGCAGACUUUCAUGUACAUCAUCCACUCCAAAGAGGCCGAGAAGAACACGGAUAGCUGAUUGGGGGCGAGGCGGGAGGAGCGAGCGCUCGUUGCGGAAGCUGCGGGGGAAAAAAAAAAAAAAAGCGUCGUUUCUUUUUUAUUUAAUGGUCAGGCAUCAUGGAUGGAAUUCUCCUUUUUGGGUUUUUUGUUUGUUGGUUCGUUUGUUUGUUUUUAUUUUUAUUUUUUGUGCCUGUUUAGGGCUUUUUUUUAGAUUGGUGGCGUUGUACAAGUUAACAGCACGUGAGGUACAUCACUGUUUCAAGGAGUCUGUCGUGUUUACUUACCUCUGGUCCUGUUAGAGGCCAUCGAGUUCUGUGUUUUUAGUAUUUCUCACUAGUUUUUGAGUCUAGAUUCUAUUUUUUUGAGCCUUCUAGCCCACUCAACCAGGCUAACCCUGAGCUUUGUCCACAAACUGAUGCUGCUAAGAUUUUCACACCUGACCUCAGUGGAGAGGAACAGAGCCAGAGCAGGUGCUGGACUCGAAGGAAAGGAACGAAAAAGAAAGAAAACAAGGAA